AUGGCUACCACGCUCGAUACCACGACUUACCCUGGGAAUAUUAUUAACAAUAAGUUCGUCUCAACCGCCAAAACCAGACAUUCUCUCAACCCUUCCAAUGCGCUUCCACUCUACGAAGUUCCUGUCGCAACACAGGAAGAUGUUGAUGCCGCAGUUGAUGCCGCUAAAACAGCAUUCAAGACAUGGUCGAAGACAUCCUUUGAAGAGAGAGCAAAGCUUCUCUUAAAGUAUGCUGAUCUUGUAGAAGCCAAUCGGGUCGAGCUUGAAAAGCUUUUAGUCAAGGAACAAGGCAAACCUCUUGGUCUAGCAAAGACCGAGUUCGACAUGGCUCUAACAUGGCUACGAACCUUCGCGACAAUGGAAGUCAAGGAUGAGGUGCUGGAUGAAAAUGAUGAGCGGACAAUCAUUCAAACAUUUCCUCCAAUCGGUGUCUCUUGUGGUAUUGUUCCUUGGAAUUGGCCGGUUUUACUUGGCUUGGGCAAAGUAGGCCCUGCCCUUAUGACAGGCAACACUUUUAUCAUGAAGCCUUCACCAUAUACUCCGUACACAGACCUGAAAUUGGGUGAACUCGGCAUGGCAGUUUUUCCGCCAGGUGUUUUUCAGGUGCUCAGUGGCGGCGAUGAUUUGGGCCCCAUGCUUACGGAGCACCCAGGAAUUGAUAAAAUCAGCUUUACUGGGUCCAUUGCGACCGGAAAAAGGGUCAUGGCAAGUUGCGCGAAGACCCUGAAGCGCGUUACCCUCGAACUUGGUGGAAAUGAUCCUGCUAUUGUUUGUGAGGAUGUCGACAUUGAUAAGAUUUUGCCGAAAAUUGCCACGCUUGCGUUCCUGAACUCUGGUCAGAUUUGCAUGCUUGUUAAGCGGCUUUUUAUCCACGAAAAGAUAUAUGAUCAGUUCCGGGAUGCAAUGGUCCAAUUUGUUAAGACAACAGCCAAGACAGGUGAUGGUUUCGAACCUGAUGUCCUGGUCGGGCCCCUUCAGAAUAACAUGCACGCUCAUCGACAACCCCCCGACGAUUCUCGUAUCGUCACAGAGGAGCCUUUUGGCCCAAUUAUCCCGUUGCUGAAAUGGACUGACGAAGAUGAAGUUCUGAAGCGGGCUAACAGCGGCGAGCAUGGCCUGGGGGCUUCAGUUUGGACCAAAGACCUUGCUCGAGGCGAGCGAUUGGCGAGAGAGUUGUCAGCUGGAAGCGUUUGGGUCAAUUCCCACUUUGAUGUCGCGCCAAAUGUUCCUUUUGGCGGUCAUAAGUUCUCAGGACUUGGAAGCGAAUGGGGUAUGACUGGGAUGAAAGCCUAUUGCAAUUCGCGCUCUUUAUGGAUUUGGAAGAAGAUCUAUGAUUAG